AUGAAGUUCCUCGUUCUCGCUCUCUUCGCUCCUCUCGUCUCUGCCUGGUCGGUCUCCACCUAUGUCGGUGGCGAUGAGACUUGCUCGACGUCGGCUGUAACCACCAUCACGGACGUAGCUCCCGGUCAGCGUCCCAGCAACUGUGUUGCCUUCCCCGAGGGCGCCAACAUCACUUCGAUCAAGUUCGAUCCCAGUGCGGGCAACGGACCUUUCACCAACGGAGGCGGAAUUACCUUCUACCAGUCCAUUGAGUUUUGCGGAGAGGGUCUCACGCCGACCUACGCCAUUACCUCUCAGGACACCCAAGAACUCUGCUAUGACGCCAAGAGCCAGAACACGGUCAUCGGUGCCUACCAGGUUUAG